AUAUUUCUCGUCGAUUUUGAUGGCUUCACUGUAAAUAAUCUGAGAAUUGGAAGAGAACUUCAUCACAAAAGAUUGAUUGCCUUGCAGAGCUGUUGGCCGCGAUUGUUGACUAAAGGAAAGCUGAAGAAAAAAUUAUACCAUUUUUACUCUUACAGAUUUCUCCUUUAAAGAAGAACAAAUUUCAGUUGGAUUGGACAUCAUGUCGAACGGCCAAGACCGCCUGGCGCUAAGCAUUGCGCAAAGAGAUAAUGUCUUCGUUGCGGUGGAAGCCACGAUACUGAUUUUGGUGGACAUCACAGCUUUGAUCGGAAACAUUCUGGUUUUCGCCGUAGCCUAUAGAAAUCGCCGUCGUCUUACCAUCACAGACGUGUUAAUCGUCGCACUCUCCCUGACAGAUCUACUGGUAGCAACCUCAGUGAUGCCACUUUCUGCAGGAGCCCUUAUCGCAGGGGUUUGGCCUUACCACAGAGCUGUUUGCCUUUUCCAGGGAUUCUGCGUUAUAACGUUUGCUACAGCUUCACUUAAUACUCUCUCUGUCAUUGCCCUUAACAGAUAUUUCUGCGUCGUGAAGCCUAACGACUAUCGAACCGUGUUCUCCAUGAAAAGAACGCUAGGUUACUUGGUGAUCGUGUGGCUACUGGCGUGCCUUUUUUCAGUUUCUACACUUGUGUUUGGUAGGGAAGACUACGCAUUCCAGCCCGGCAAAGUUCUUUGCGUGUAUCCCUUCGAAAUAAACAUCGCUUACACCGUUUGUCUCGAUGUUAUGUUCAUUGGAGUGCCAACAUCAACCAUUGUUUUCUGUUAUUGGCGCGUUUUUAAGACAGUGCGAGGGCAAAACCGCGUCAUGACGGCAAAUGGGGAAGAUUCUGCAACCAGGGUCAACGUGCGCGACGCCAAUAUCACCAAAACUCUGGUAGCGGUUGUCGUUGGAUUUGCAUUAUGCUGGCUUCCCGUGUUAGUGAUGGACACCACAGACGUGGUGACAGGCGCUCUUAUUCUGCCCCGUCAGAUGUACCUGUUCUAUACAAUCAUGGUUUUCUUGUCUUCUACAAUCAACCCUUUUAUUUACGCGGUUGUGAACAAAAGAUUUAAGAGAGAGUUUUUGAAGAUUUUCCGACUUAUUCUAAACUACCGUGAACAAGUUCAUCUGCCAUCCGUGAGAUCAUCUUCUCAGUAAUAAACAGGUUUGCGAAACAACAGAAUUUCUCUCGAGGGCCAAAAAACUUGAGGGUUUAAAACUCUAACGAGGGCAUUACUGAACGAUAAACUGAUGUUUAUUCACGCCGUUGCAAAUAUGUUCUUAAAACUUUAACAGCAUAACUGAUAAAUCGCAAUUUCCUUGACAAUAGAAGGGGCUGUGCGGUGAUUGGUCUACGCCAGAUAGCGACGCGGUUGGAAGGAGCCUUCCUGAUAAAAUCCAGCAUUUGGACUUCUGUGGAUUAGUACUUUCCCCCUGGGAUCAGCGUGUUUCUGGCCGUGAUUUUUUCCAUGUUAAAAGUCCAACUUAUUCGAGACAGCAUCGCCCUAAUAAAUGUUGGCUUUGAUGACAGCUCUGGGAAAGAAUCGAAACCCAAAGACGAAGGAAAAUGGUCUUAAUACGACACUACAAUUUUGCGAGACCCUCACAGUUUGGAGAGACCAUACGCACCCCUAACACGAUAUUUUUUCAUCGUAUUACAGUAGGUAGACUGAACUGAAAUAUUUUCCUAGGCGAAUAAAUAUCUUCUGGAAAAUUUUAAUAGUUAUUAACUUCUGUCAAGAUUAAACAGUGUUCUCUUGCUAAAUCUGUAACCUAUGGUUAUUCAAUAGAUAACUCUUUGGUGUUUAAAAAUAGGAUUUUUUUUUGGGAGAGGGGUUGGAGGUGGAAGCAAUUUUGUAUGUAGCACAUAAUCAGCGGGUAUUAGACUCAAACAACCAACUAGAAAAAGAAAGCUGGUUUUUUCAAUAAAAAAAAAUUAGACGUAGGAGUUCUGAAGCCGGGAACUAUACUUUGAAAACAAUCCAGAGCGAUUGAAUAUCCAGACCGAAGUUAUACCACAAAAACCGCCCUAUACAAUCAUGAAAUUAAAAAACCAAAUGUCAAAACAGCGAAAACCAACAACCCCAGUGGAUUAAAAAAGGGAAAAACCAUCAAGAUUCUGAGAAGAUCAAUAAAAAACCGACUUCAAAAUUGAUGUAGACGGGUAUAUAUCUCGAACUUAUUAAUACCACGUUUUGUCUUUUUGACAUUUUGUUGCGGGACUAUAUCUUAUUUAUCCAUUAUUAUUUUUAUAUUAAUUUUCACUUUAAUUUAAUCCGCUAUCUACAGCAGACUUAAACUCUAUGUAAGAGAUAUAAGCUGAACGAGCAACUGCAUUUCCAAUAAAUUUUAAUCAAGAUCACAAAUACGAUACAUUUCAUAUGAUAGUUGUCGAAUGUGGACGACACAUUGUGCACUAAUAAUAAAAAAGCUGAAUUCUGCCGACAAAGUAUUCAUCAGAUAACAUCUAUUAAUCCUUUAACUCUCAAUAUCAGAUUCAGUUAAUUCUCCCUCUGGCUUCACAUUUCCUUGUAAAUAACUUACAAGAGUUUGGUGUCAGAUCGAGAUAACAACUUCAACCCGAUAAGUUUGAAUAUUUUUAUGACCUGUUUGCUGGAUAAUGUUUAGAUUUUAUAGGGAAAAGUUACUUGUUAAUCUCUUCUAGGAGUUAAGGAAUCAAAAAGCUUAAUAAAAUCAAUAAAAUCAA